ACGGUUGCUGCUCUUCCAAAGCUAUUCCCCUUUCCUCUCCUCCCAUUAGAAUUCAAAUUGUGUUUGCAAUCGUGUUUCUCUACGUCUGCACUUGCAUACAUAAUGACUGAGGUCGUUUUCACCCUCCUCGUUGGCCCUGUUAUUGACCAGGCACUCUAUAAAGUCGCUUCACUGCUCGGCAGAAGUCUCAGAGAAUUCUGGUAUUCAGGGGAUUUGAAGGCGGAGCUGGAGACGCUGCAGGAGAGGCUCAUAUUGGUGAAACCUGUGCUCGAAAAUGUAGAUCAAAGUGAUGAAGGCACAAUCGGUUGGCUGCAGAGGAUCCAAGAUGCAGCUGAUGAUCUGCGGGUUCUGGAGGAUGAGCAUGCAUAUGGAGCUCACCGGCAGAAAGGUCGGAUUCAAAGCCAAUUCAAGAAACAGGUGCACCAUUUCCUUUUUCGCUCCAGAUCCAUGCUUAGCAAAAUUAAGGAGAUUAAUAUGUCUUUCAAUAGAAUUGUACUAGAAUCAAAUUGUAUUAAACUGAUAAAUCACAGCCAAAAUCGUGAAGCUGAUGAUUCAUUUGAUGAUUUUGAAGUUUUGGGAAGGGAUGCUGAUGUCUUAAAAUUUGAAAGUUUGCUGGAUGAGUUGAGCCAGAAACAUCACCUCUCUGGCCUUUCCAUAGUGGGCAUGCCAGGUGUUGGAAAGACAGCAGUAGCUACAUCAAUAUGUGUGAGGGCAAGGGAAAAUCACCCCUCCAGUCUGGUGGCCUGGGUGCCGGUACGUAAGGAUCUUAAAGAAGCGAUGAUUUUAGGACAGAUGUUGCAAUGUCUUGAUAGCCAUGCCGCUGGAAUGACAGAGAUCGGUCAAAUACUUGGUCAUCUUAAACCAAUGUUAGAAAAUAAAAAAAUUCUUAAAAUUCUUCUCAUCCUUGAUGGUUUAUGGAAUGAAGAACAUGCUCGGGGGUUGAAAGAGUUCAUCUGUCGUCUGCCACGAUGGUUCGCAACUGCUAGGAUCUCUGUUGUCAUAACAACUAGUAAUAAAGAGGUAGCUUCAAUAAUGGGCACAGAACCAAUUCCUUUGCAUGAGCAUGAAUUGCAAAAGCUAUCAGACGAUGACUGCUGGUUGAUAAUGGAGGAGAAUGUUCUCAGAUCGUCCAACAGAACUUCAAUACAACAUCAUCCACAGUUGUUGUCUAUUGGAAAAGAUAUUGCAAAACAGUGUGGCGGUUUGCCAUUAGUUGCAGCUGUCUUUGGCAAACAUUUGGGCGCUCAUAUUGAGGUAGAUAACUGGUCAGCUAUCAGAGAUAAUAAAGCAUGGCAUGCAGGACAUAGAAAGAAGAUUCUUUCUCAACUGAAAAAGAGUUAUGAUCACUUGCCUCUGCAUUUGAGAAGAUGCUUUUCUUUCUGUUCAAUUUUUCCAAAAGAAAAAAUUGUUAAAAUUAGCAGAGACGAAUUAGUUCAGUGUUGGAUGGCUAAUGGGUUUCUUUCCAAAUCUAAUGACAGCAGAUCUGAUGAAGAAGAAGAUGUUGGCAACAAGUACGUCAAUGAUUUGGUAUCGAAUUACUUAUUGGAAGUCGUGGAUAUGGAUGAGUGUGGGAAUAUAAAGUUUUGCAAGAUGCAUGAUGAGGUGCAUAAUCUUGCAUUGCUUUCAGCAAAACAUGAAAUAUUAAUUUGGCCGGAUGCCCAAACUGUUGAGAAGAGUGUUCGGCAUAUGAGGGUUGAGUCUGAUGAAAACCUUCGAGCUAUCCCAAAAGGUGUUUCUGAAAGGUUGCGCUCUUUGUUCUUGGAUGUCGAUGUUUUGCACAUGAUGCCUAAGAAGCCCAGAAGUUUGCAAUCUUUCAAGCUAGAAGCUGCUGCUGCAAAUGAGUUGCCAUCUUCUCUUGGCAGAUUGAAAUAUUACAUGAAAUAUCUUGACAUAUCAGAAAGUGGAAUUAAAAGGCUACCAAAAUCUGUGACCAAGUUCUACAAUUUGCAGACUUUAAGAUUCACGGACUGCAAGUCAUUGGAAAGGCUCCCAAGUGGUAUUGAAAAUCUAGUCAGCUUGAGGCAUAUUUAUUUUGAUGAUGAAAGGCAUGUGCCAAGUAGCAUUGGGAAAUUAGCUUCUCUUCGGACUUUACCACUAUUUGUUGUGGGCAGAGAAAAGGGUCGGAGAAUUGAAGAGCUUAACUCUUUGAACCAACUCAGCGGUAAACUGAAAAUUUGCAAGCUUGAGCUAGCAUCUCAAUCAGAUGCUACUAAAGCAAAACUUAAAGAUAAAGGAGAAUUGAUUGAGUUGCAAUUUGUAUGGAGUGAAAACAGAGCCAACAAUCCUGAAGAUAUGGAUGUUCUAGAAGGUCUUCAACCUCCCUCAACAUUGAAAAGCUUAACCAUUGAAAAUUAUAGGGGAGGUAACUGCCCUUCAUGGAUGGAGAAUUUGGAACAGCUUGUGGAGUUGAAAUUGAUUGAUUGUGAUGAAUGUGGUAAUAUUUCAUGCCUUGAACGCUUACCUGAGCUUAAGGUUCUCAAUAUAAAGGCAAUGCAUAAUGUGAGUAGGAUAGGCAGAAUGUCUUAUCAUCAAAGCAGCAGCCAAGGUGAAGGAGAAUCAAUCCUACCAGUUCUAGCUUUGAGAAAACUAACAUUAAGUAAGAUGACAAAGCUGGAGGGAUGCGAAACAACACAAGGCAUGGGAUGGAAAACAGAACAAGGCAUGGUUGUGUUUUCUCGCCUUGAGGAGUUGCACGUUGGGGAUUGCCCGGAGCUCAAAACAUGGUGGGAAGAUGGAUCUGCAUAUCCGAAACUCUCUAUGCUAGGCAUACAAUCAUGUCCGAACUUGCAAGCUAUCCCAAUUGGGCUGUUGAACUUAACAUCUCUUGAUAUAAACAAUUGUCCCAAAUUAAUGGAGUAUGCUCAAGAAGGCAGCGACAAAUGGUCAUCCAUUCGCCACGCUCAUAGGAUCAGAAUCAAUGGGCAGAUUGUGCGAUCCCGAAGAUCUCGAUUUUUCAAAGUGCCCUUUUUGAGACAAUAGUGGAUAAGGAAGAUACAGAGGAUUGAAGAAAGGAAUAUAUGCCAUAUGAACUUAAUUUUACAGAGAUAAAGAAGAAAAGAAGUCUCUUCCUAUCAACUUCUGCUUCUCAUUGGCCCUGGGAACUGUCAAAAUAUUCAAUUUUGAUGGAAUGGAAGGUUUGUUAGAAGUGGUUGAGAGACCUCUUUUUCUCCAGGAGCUGAGAACUGGGUUUUGCACUAAUUUGAUGCAUCUACUUUUGCCGGGCCAUGCGCCCAAUGCCUCUAUACUGCAAACUAACAAUCAAAGGUCGAGGUUCAUGAUUCUUAUGAUUGUUAUCAAAUGCGGCUCGGAGUUCAUAAAUAAAACUGGUCAUCUUGAUACCUCUCUCCAAAGGGACUUUUGCGAAAAGCAUCGAGUGAUAUUGAAGCCCUCGUAAUGCUAGAAUUCUUUUUGAAGAUUUAUUAUUGUUGUAACCCUCUAGUUUUAUGUGGAGAAGAAACUUUGCAGGAAUGUUAUUUCUAAAGCGGGAUUUUCCAUCUGGAUUUCCACGUAAAAGCUGAUUCGUAGGAGAUUCAGUGCGAUCUGGAAGUUUGGAAAUUCCUCUCUUAUAUGUAUAUAUGGAAUACUUAGUCUUCAUUAACAAAUUUUAAGAAAAACA